CCUGUUCAAAGUUUACUUUCACUUUCUCUGAACGUCGUGGCGCAGAUAGUUUUCUCCUCUGAAGCUGCAGCUGAAGAUCAAAGUGUGUGUGAGCUGAUGUGGAUGUGAGUUCAGCAGCAUGAAUCAGUGUGAGGACAGAGAGGAGGGCCCCUCCUCUAAAACCAGUCUGUGUGGGGAACAUGGCAGCCAGACCAGAGCUCAGAGCCCAGAGCAGCAGAGACCAGACUCUGCUGAGUCUGGACCUGGACCUGAGCCCAGCUGUGUGUCCUUCAAGAGUGACCGGUCAAAGGAUAUUAUGAUCAAUUUUAAACAAAGACGUUUAUCUGACAAAAAGAUCCAUCAGAGACCAGAUUCUCCUGGACCUGGACCUGAGCCCAGCUGUGUGUCCUUCAGGAGUCACCGGUCAAAGAAUAUUAUUACUAAUUUUAAACGACAUUUCUCUGACAGACAGAGGAAGCUGGAAAAACCAGAACCCAGCUGUGUGUCCAUGAAGAGUGACAGGUCCAUGGAUCCUCCUAUAUUCUUCAAAGAUGGACGUCACUCUGCUGAUCAAAGAGUCGACCAGGAGAGCUCAGAGGUUCCCAGUGGUCGGUCUGCCCAGCAGCAUCAAACACACCUGGACUCCAUAUUUAUGCUGCUGGAGGAGAACAUUGUCACUUUUGUGAAGAACGAGCUGAAGAAGAUCCAGAAGGUUCUGAGUCCAGAUUACCCAGAAUGCUUAGAGAGUCAGAGGGAGGAUGAGGAGGUGUUGGACGGUGAGGAGGAAGAGCAGAGGAGGAGCAGCAGAGAGGCAUUUCUGAAGAUCACACUGCACUUCCUGAGGAGAAUGAAGCAGGAGGAGCUGGCUGACUGUCUGCAGAGCAGAAGUCCUUCUGGUGUUUGUCAGCGUAAACUUAAAUCCAACCUGAAGAAGAAGUUCCAGUGUGUGUUUGAGGGGAUCGCUAAAGCAGGAAACCCAACCCUUCUGAACCAGAUCUACACAGAGCUCUACAUCACAGAGGGAGGGACUGCAGAGGUCAACGAUGAACAUGAGGUCAGACAGAUUGAAACAGCAUCCAGGAAACCAGACAGACCAGAAACAACAAUCAGACGUGAAGACAUCUUUAAACCCUCACCUGGAAGAGAUGAACCAAUCAGAACAGUGAUGACAAAGGGAGUGGCUGGCAUUGGGAAAACAGUCUUAACACAGAAGUUCACUCUGGACUGGGCUGAAGACAAAGCCAACCAGGACAUACACUUCACAUUUCCAUUCACUUUCAGAGAGCUGAAUGUGCUGAAAGAGGAAAAGUACAGCUUGGUGGAACUUGUUCAUCACUUCUUUACUGAAACCAAAGAAGCAGGAAUCUGCAGGUUUGAAGAGUUCCAGGUUUUGUUCAUCUUUGACGGUCUGGAUGAGUGUCGACUUCCUCUGGACUUCCACAACAAUGAGGUCCUGACUGACGCUACAAAGUCCACCUCAGUGGACGUGCUGCUAACAAACCUCAUCAGGGGGAACCUGCUUCCCUCUGCUCGCCUCUGGAUAACCACACGACCUGCAGCAGCCAAUCAGAUCCCUCCUGGGUGUGUUGACAUGGUGACAGAGGUCAGAGGGUUCACCGACCCACAGAAGGAGGAGUACUUCAGGAAGAGAUUCAGAGAUGAGGAGCAGGCCGUUAGAAUCAUCUCCCACAUCAAGACAUCACGAAGCCUCCACAUCAUGUGCCACAUCCCGGUCUUCUGCUGGAUCACUGCUACAGUUCUGGAGGAGGUGUUGAAGACCAGAAAGGGAGGAGAGCUGCCCAAGACCCUGACUGAGAUGUACAUCCACUUCCUGGUGGUUCAGUCCAAACUGAAGAAUGUCAAGUAUGAUGGAGGAGCUGAGACAGAUCCACACUGGACUCCAGAGAGCAGGAAGAUGAUUGAGUCUCUGGGAAAACUGGCUUUUGAGCAGCUGCAGAAAGGCAACCUGAUCUUCUACAAAUCAGACCUGACAGAGUGUGGCAUUGAUAUCAGAGCAGCCUCAGUGUACUCAGGAGUGUUCACACAGAUCUUUAGAGAGGAGAGAGGGCUGUACCAGGACAAGGUGUUCUGCUUCGUCCAUCUGAGCGUUCAGGAGUUUCUGGCUGCUCUUCAUGUCCAUCUGACAUUCAUCAACUCUGGUGUCAAUUUGCUCUCAGAAGACCAAGCAACCUACCAUGAAUCUACAGUGACACACGUGUACCAGAGUGCUGUGGACAAGGCCUUACAGAGUCCAAAUGGACACCUGGACUUGUUCCUCCGCUUCCUCCUGGGACUUUCACUGCAGACCAAUCAGACUCUCCUACGAGGCCUGCUGACACAGACAGGAAGUGUCUCAAAAAACAGUCAGGAAACAGUCGAGUACAUCAAGAAGAAGAUCGAAGAGACUCCCUCUGCAGAGAAAAGCAUCAAUCUGUUCCACUGUCUGAAUGAACUGAAUGAUCGUUCUCUAGUGGAUCAGAUCCAACAGUCCCUGAGAUCAGGAAGUCUCUCCACAGAUAAACUGUCUCCUGCUCAGUGGUCAGCUCUGGUCUUCAUCUUACUGUCAUCAGGAAAAGAUCUGGACGUGUUUGACCUGAAAAAAUACUCUGCUUCAGAGGAGGCUCUUCUGAGGCUGCUGCCAGUGGUCAAAGCCUCCAACAAAGCUCUGCUGAGUGACUGUAACCUCUCAGAGAGAAGCUGUGAAGCUGUGUCCUCAGUUCUCAGCUCCCAGUCCUCUAGUCUGAGAGAGCUGGACCUGAGUAACAACGACCUGCAGGAUUCAGGAGUGAAGCUGCUGACGGCUGGACUGGAGAGUCCACAUUGUGAACUGGAAACUCUCAGGCUGUCAGGCUGUCUGAUCACAGAGGAAGGCUGUGCUUCUCUGGCCUCAGCUCUGAGCUCCAACCCCUCCCAUCUGAGAGAGCUGGACCUGAGCUACAAUCAUCCAGGAGACUCAGGAGUGAAGCUGCUGUCUGCUGGACUGGAGGAUCCACACUGGAGCCUGGACACUCUCAGGGUGGAGCCCGGUGGAGUCCGAUGGCUGAGACCAGGUCUGAGGAAGUAUUCCUGUGAACUCACACUCGACACAAACACAGUGAACAGAAAGAUCAAACUGUCUCACGACAACAACAGGAAGGCGACAUAUGUGAAGGAGGAUCAGCCAUAUCCUGAUCAUCCAGACAGGUUUGACUUCUGGCCUCAGCUGCUGUGUAGAAAUGGUCUGACUGGUCGCUGUUACUGGGAGGUCGAGUACAGAGGAAGAGUUUAUAUAUCAGUGAGUUACAGAGGAAUCAGCAGGAGAGGAGACAGACAUGAAGACUGUGUGUUUGGAGGGAAUGAUCAGUCCUGGAGUCUGAGCUGCUCUGAUGAUGAUGGUUACUCUGUCUGUCACAAUAAGAGAAGAACAUCCAUCUCCUCCUCCUCCUCCUCCUCCUCCUCCAUCUCUAACAGAGUAGCAGUGUAUGUGGACUGUCCUGCUGGCACUCUGUCCUUCUACAGAGUCUCCUCUGACACACUGAUCCACCUCCACACCUUCAACACCACAUUCACUGAACCUCUUUAUCCUGGCUUUGGGUUUGGGUUCAGGUUCUGGCCCUGGUCUGUUUCCUCAGUGUCUCUGUGUUCUCUGUAGGAGGGAGAGUCUCCUCCUGUUAGAGAAACACAUCAGUUAGAGUCUGUACAGGAUCACAGUUAUCGACCGAUAUGGGUUUCUUAUAGGACCGAUACGGAUUAUUAGUAAUCAAGGAGACCGAUAACUGAUAUACAUUUGCAGUAAAAAUGAAAAUCUUUGUGUCAAAAUUUAGAAUAACACAAACUCCAACAUAAACUUUAUUCUUUUUUUUGUUAUUUACAUUUUAUUAAUAAAAUAAAAUAAACAAUGGGAGGAUCCAUCUCUUAAAUAAACAACAAAACAUUUAUUCAUUUAUUUACAAUUUUAUAAUAACUGACGGUAAUCUCACCUCCUAUAUUAUCACAUAAUCUGGAGUUAAAAUCCUGUUUUCAAGCUUUUAUUGCUUCAGUUUAUGUAGAGCUUGCAUCUUUUACUUAAAAGUAGUAAAUACCACAGAGUAGAAAUACUCUGUCAAAAGUCAAUGUCUGACAUUUAAAACUUGACUCAAGUACAAAAGUAUUAGCUUAAAGUACCAAAAGUAAAAGUAGUCAUUAUGCAGAACGUCUCCAUUUCCUCCCACUGUACAAAAAUGAAGCCAACAUAUCCCGGAUACUGGAGUCUGCGCUGUAGUGAUCGGGGUUGGAAUGAUCGAGGUCCCGGCCCUCCACCCGGCCAGUUCUGCUCAGCUGUCAAUCAUGACGUGAAACUCUCUUUUAUAGCAUCAAAUAACUAAUUAGAACCAAACUUAUCAGAAACAUAAACACUUGAACAAACAUCAGCGUGAUAAGAACGACCUAAAAUGACAGAAACCAUCUUUGGGAAACAUUGGAGUUUUUAGUUUGACUCAUGUCCCAUCCGCUAACAUGGAGGGGGCGGGGUUUAUGACCUGUACUGCAGCCCGCCACCAGGGGGCGAUCCACAUGUUUUUGUUGCAUUCCAAGAUUUAUGGAUGAUGUGUACAGUCCAAAGUCCAAAUUCUGGGCUGCGCGUGGACGUCCACGUAGAGGUCUGCGGACCCUUGCAGAAUCGUGGAUGUGGAAAGUAUGAAUUCUGCUUUACUUCCUACUGGCAAACUUACGAUUUUACAAUCUGUUUAUCAAAUUUUCUAUAAAUGUAGUAAUAUUAUUGUAAAUUUCACAUGUUAAAGGCUACUGGAGAUAUUAAGGAUUUCACUUAAAUGAAUGGAUUAUUUUUAAAUUAAAAUUUGUUUCAUUGUUGUUCAUUUUGUAUCAUUUAAUAAUUUCAAAAACUUUAUCUUUCACUAAUCUUUUCCUGAUUUAUCUAUUCUUAAAGUCCUUUGCAAAAUGUGUAAUUUUUUAAUAAAGGUAUUAAUAUUGUUAUUCAUAUUAACAAAAGUGUAGAAAGAGGAAAAGAUGAACAUCAGCUGUGACAAAACAUUCACAGAAGACUGAAUUUAAUGACUGCAUCUGGUGAAUAAAGUGCUUCCACUUCUGA